AAUUUAAUUUCCCCUCCAAUUUCAAUUUCUGAUCCUCUUUGUUGUCUCUUCUCGUUUCUCUCUCCUCCCUCGAAGCUCAGCUCCAGCUUGGAGGAGGGUCCAUGGUCCACUUUCUGGAUCUCACCGUCACCGCCACACCUUCUUCUCAAUGCUCCUCCUUCAUUCUUUCUCCUUCCCCGUGACUCACCCGCGCGGGAAGAUAUCACUCCCUCCCCAACCCAUUCAUUUCGAUCUCCAUUCUCCCUGAUACUCCUCUCUCUCUCUCUCUCUCUCUCUCUCUCUCUGUGUCCGAGUUCUAGGGUUUUGCGGAUAGAAGGAUAACACACUUACACGGCGUCGUUUGAUUUGAGGGCGGCGCAAGAUGCCGGGGCACCGCUCGAAAUCGGAGAAGCAUGGCGGCGGCGGCGAGAAGCCGCUCCGGCGGGACCCCUACGAGGUCCUCGGCAUCUCGCGCAACUCCACGGAUCAGGAAAUCAAAACCGCCUACCGCAAAAUGGCGCUCAAAUAUCAUCCGGACAAGAAUGCAAAUGAUCCUAAAGCAGCUGAUAUGUUUAAAGAGGCUACCUUCUCUUAUAAUAUCCUGUCAGAUCCUGAUAAACGGCGUCAGUACGACUCAGCUGGCUUUGAGGCUGUUGAAUCAGACAACCAAGAGUUGGAGUUAGAUCUUUCAAGUUUAGGUGCUGUCAAUACAAUGUUUGCAGCACUUUUUAGUAAACUUGGUGUUCCAAUUAAGACAACUGUAUCUGCAACUGUUUUGGAAGAGGCACUCAAUGGUUUAGUGACCAUUCGACCACUUCCAUUGGGACAUAAUAUAGCUAAAAGGGUUGAGAAGCAAUGUGCACACUUCUAUUCAGUUACAAUAACAGAAGAGGAAGCACAAGCUGGUUUUGUUUGUCGAGUACAAUCGCCAGACAAAAGCAAGUUCAAGUUAUUGUAUUUCGAUCAGGAAGACAACAGUGGUUUAAGUCUUGCACUCCAGGAAGACAGUGCAAAAACAGGGAAGGUUACCUCUGCUGGGAUGUAUUUUCUUGGGUUUCCUGUUUAUCGAUUAGAUCAAACAAUGAACUCUAUAGCUGCUGCUAAGGAUCCAGAUACGUCAUUUUUCAGAAAGCUGGAUGCGUUUCAGCCCUGUGAAUUAACAGAAUUGAAGGCUGGUACCCAUGUAUUUGCUGUUUAUGGUGACAACUUUUUCAAAAGUGCAAACUAUACAAUAGAAGCCCUGUGUGCUGCACCUUUUAGUGAAGAAAAAGAAAAUUUAAGAAACAUAGAAGCUCAAAUUUUGUCUAAAAGGGCAGAAAUAUCAAAGUUUGAGGCAGAAUAUCGAGAGGUUCUGGCACAAUUCUCAGAUAUGACAAACAGAUAUGCACAUGAAAUGCAAGCAAUUGAUGAGCUACUGAAGAAUAGAAAUGAAAUACAGGCAUCAUACACCAGUGCUCCUUUAAAACGGACUACAAGUAGGAGCAGAAGUAAAAAUUCUGCCAAGGAGGCAAAAGAAGAUGGCCAAGCAAAGGAAAAGAGGAGUACAAGAGAACGGCCAAAGAAGAAGAAAUGGUAUAACCUCCACUUAAGAGUUGAUAAGAGAAAGGCUUGCUAAGUUGAUCAGCACCCUUUUGAUUGUUUAGCACUUGUGCAAGUUAAGAGGAAGGCUUUGCCAAAGCAACAACAACCAAAUGAUGUUGGAAGAUUUCGUUUAUGUCUGUCACUCAAGCAUGCCAAAAAUGACAAGUCCUCAUUGUUUAUGUAUAAUCCCUUCCCCCCUUUUUUAUUUGUCUCUAAGUAGCUCAUCUUCAGAAUUCGUACUUGUAAAUUGUUUGAUUUAUUGAUGAAGCAUGAUUAACUCUGCGCGGGUUGUAAUUUUUGUUUACAAGUAAUGGCAAAGUAUUGGAGGAUAGUAGGGUCAGGUAAUUUCUUGCUUAA